UUUUAUAUGCAGCAGAUGCUCAGGGAUACGGAGGCGAGCGCACCGCGUUUUUGCUCUGCUUCAGUCAGAGGAGGAAUCGUUUCUUGCAAUUCUUGAAUGACAAUUUGUCAAAGCUGGAUCAGUCCAUUUGGAAAGGUGUGACAAGAAUAUGACAUUGUUGUUUAUUUUUCCCCUUCUUUCUCUGCGUCAAAGAGAUGUGGUUGUUUAAAAAAUAGGAUUCAACAAGGGGUUUUCUCGGCGAGUGUCAUUUAAAAACGAGCAGGAAAACGACGCCAGCCGCAACAAGAUCCAUCCCGCCGAGUGGUACAAUCAAGCCGUGUGUCUGGUCUGGCUGCAAGGAGGUAUUUCCACUUUUUCGCUUCUGAGGAACGUCGGAGAAAGAGGGAGAGAAAAAGAAAAAAAGCUGGGAAAUCAAUUGGUUUUAUGUCUCUCCAAGUGUCUGCAAAAUGUCUACCAAGGCAGAGCAGUUUGCCUCUAAGAUACGAUACUUGCAAGAGUAUCACAACCGCGUGCAACACAAUAUUUAUCCUGUGCCCUCCGGAACAGACAUUGCAAACACACUGAAAUACUUUUCCCAAACGCUGCUCAGCAUUCUGUCCCGCACAGGCAGGAAGGAGAACCAGGAAGCUUCCAAUUUGGCCGUGCCCAUGACCAUGUGUCUUUUUCCUGUGCCAUUCCCACUCACCCCAUCUCUAAGACCACAAGUCAGUUCCAUCAACCCUACAGUUACUCGCUCCCUCCUUUACAGCGUUCUGCGCGAUGCCCCGUCAGACCGCGGGGGGCAGGGGCAGCAGAGUCGGGACGCUCAGCUCUCAGAGUACCCCUCUCUGGACUAUCAGGGCCUCUAUGUGACCCUCGUGACCCUGCUUGACCUGGUGCCCCUGCUGCAGCACGGUCAGCAUGAUCUGGGCCAGUCUAUAUUUUACACAACAGCUUGCCUCCUCCCCUUUCUCACUGAUGAUAUCCUCAGCACUUUGCCCUACACUAUGAUCUCCACAUUAGCCACAUUUCCCCCUUUUCUCCAUAAAGACAUCAUUGAGUAUCUGAGCACAUCUUUCCUCCCUAUGGCAAUAUUGGGCUCUACAAGAAAGGAAGGCGGAGUCCCAGCUUAUGUCAAUCUGUCAGCUUCGUCUAUGCUCAUGAUUGCAAUGCAGUACACCUCAAACCCGGUUUAUCACUGUCAGUUGUUGGAGUGUCUGAUGAAGCACAAACAGGAAGUCUGGAAGGACCUGCUUUAUGUCAUUUCGUACGGCCCGUCCCAAGUAAAACCUGCGGCUGUGCAGAUGCUGUUUCAUUAUUGGCCCAAUCUGAAACCACCAGGAGCCAUCAGUGAAUACAGAGGCCUCCAGUAUACUGCCUGGAAUCCCAUCCAUUGUCAACACAUUGAGUGCCACAAUGCCAUCAAUAAACCUGCUGUUAAGAUGUGUAUUGAUCCUACUCUCUCAGUUGCUCUGGGAGACAAGCCCCCUCCACUUUAUAUAUGUGAGGAGUGCAGCCAGAGGAUAGCUGGGGAUCAUGCUGAAUGGCUUGUUGAUGUCCUUCUGCCUCAAGCAGAGAUAUCUGCCAUUUGUCAAAAGAAGAACUGUAGCUCUCAUGUCAGGAGGGCCGUGGUCACCUGCUUCUCAGCUGGCUGCUGCGGGCGCCAUGGCAACCGGCCUGUCCGCUACUGCAAGCGUUGCCAUGUCAACCACCACAGCAGCGAGGUGGGGGCUGCGGCGGAGACCCAUCUAUACCAGACAUCACCUCCACCCAUCAACACCCGAGAGUGUGGAGCGGAGGAGCUGGUGUGCACUGUAGAGGCUGUUAUAAGUCUUCUGAAGGAGGCAGAAAUCCACGCUGAACAGCGGGAGUUUGAGCUGAACAGGCGUCGUCAGAUGGGCCUGUCUGCCUCUCACCACUCUCUUGACAACAUCGAGUUUGAUAACAAGGAGGACGACCAGCAUGACCAGCGUCUCCUCAGUCAAUUUGGCAUCUGGUUCCUGGUAAGCCUGUGCACCCCCAACGAGAACACGCCCACGGAGAGCCUGGCUCGGCUGGUCAGCAUGGUCUUCCAGUGGUUUCACUCCACUGCCUACAUGAUGGACGAUGAAGUGGGAAGCCUGGUGGAGAAGCUGAAGCCGCAGUUUGUCACAAAAUGGCUGAAGACUGUGUGUGAAGUGCGCUUUGAUGUCAUGGUCAUGUGUCUGCUGCCCAAACCCGUAGAAUUUGCCAGAGUGGGAGGCUACUGGGACAAGUCGUGUAGCACGGUGACUCAGCUAAAAGAGGGUCUGAACCGUAUCCUGUGUCUGAUACCGUACAACGUCAUCAGCCAGCCUCUCUGGGAGUGCUUUAUGCCUGAGUGGCUGGAGGCUAUCCGCACGGAGGUACCAGACAGCCAGCUCAAGGAGUUCCGGGAAGUGCUUAGCAAAAUGUUUGACAUCGAGUUGUGCCCCCUGCCCUUCUCCAUGGAGGAAAUGUUUGGCUUCAUCAGUUGCAGAUUCUCUGGCUACCCUGCGUCCGUCCAGGAGCAGGCUCUUCUGUGGCUGCAUGUGUUGUCAGAGCUCGACAUCGUGGUUCCUCUUCAGCUGCUGAUCGGGAUGUUCUCCGAUGGAGUGAACUCGUUAAAAGAACUGGCCAAUCAGAGAAAAGCCCGUGCCUCGGAUCUGUCUGGAAACAACGAAGCACGCCGGGUGAGUGUGGUGUCAGAUCCAGGACGCCGUGGGCAACACAACACCCUCAGCCCAUUCCCGAGUCCCUUCAGAAGCCCGUUUCGUAGCCCCCUGCGCUGCAGUCCCUUUAAAAACUUGGGUCACGCCACCGGCCACUGCGCUCUGGACCUGGACUGUGACGACGAUGACAUGAACCUCGGCUGUUUCAUCCUCAUGUUUGACCUGAUCUUAAAGCAGAUGGAGCUCCAGGAUGAUGGUGUGAUGCUGGGUCUAGACAGCAGCCUCGGGAAGGAUAUUGUGGGCAUCAUCAACAAUGUCUUCCAGGCGCCGUGGGGGGGCUCACAUACCUGCCAGAAGGAUGAAAAGGCCCUUGAGUGCAGCUUGUGCCAAUCCAGCAUUCUGUGCUACCAGCUGGGCUGUGAGCUCCUGGAGAGGCUGACCCCCCGGGAUGAGAUAAACCUGGUGGAACCCACCGAUAGUUUGGAGGAAACCUUACUCUCAUGUCAAAAAGAUUUCUCCAUCGGGGCGGAGAAUGAAAGCGAGGAAGGAGACAAUCCAUCCGGGACUAACACAGAGGAACCAAGCAACCACUCUCCAGAGGAUACAGCCAUGAAAAAUAAUUCCGACAAGAAGUUCUCCUACCAGCAGCUCCCCGUUUCGCUAAAGCUUAUAUACACGGUCCUUCAGGAAAUGUCAAAGUUUGAGGAGCCCGACAUCCUGUUCAACAUGCUGAACUGUUUGAAGAUCCUGUGUCUCCAUGGCGAGUGUUUGUACCUCGCCCGUAAGGACCACCCCGCGUUUCUGGCUUACAUCCAGGAGAAGAUGCUCAUCCCCAGCCUGUGGUCGAUGUUGAAGUCCGAGUUCUGCCAGCUGGCCUCCCUGUCCGUGCCGCAGCUCCUCCAUGCCCUCUCGCUGCCUCAUGGGGCCGACAUCUUCUGGAACCUGAUCAACACCAACUUCAAUAACAAAGACUGGAAAAUACGAUUUGAAGCUGUUGAGAAGGUUGCUGUGCUGUGUCGGUUCCUGGACAUCGGUGCAGUGACUAAAAACCAUUUGCUAAAGUACGCUUUGGCCCAUGCUUUCUGCUGUUUCCUGGCUUCAGUGGAAGAUGUCAACCCAGCUGUGGCCACCAGAGCCCGACUGUUGCUGGACACCAUCAAAAGACCGGCUCUUCAGGGACUGUGUUUGUGCAUGGACUUCCAGUUUGACACUGUGGUCAGAGAUCGCCCCAUCAUUCUCAGCAAACUUCUGCUGCUGCAUUUCCUGAAGAAGGACAUUCCGGCUCUAAGUUGGGAAUUUUUUGUGAACCGCUUUGAAACAUUAUCACUUGAGGCUCAGCUGCACUUGGACUGCAACAAGGAGUUCCCAUUCCCCACAACCAUCACAGCUGUUCGGACCAAUGUUGCCAACCUCAGCGAUGCGGCAAUGUGGAAAAUAAGAAGAGCCCGCUUUGCCAGGAACCAGCAGAAGAGCGUGCGCUCGCUGCGUGACAGCGUUAGAGGAGACCCGUCAGACUCUAAACGGGCAUUUUCACUGCCAGAAUCCCUGAGCAAUCGACUUCCUUUAAGGCUCACGAGGCAGGAGCUCUCUGCCCCCACACUUGGAGAUAUGAUAGAGAAAGUCCUACCAGCACGUUUCCUCCUGCACUUUAACCCUGAUGCUUCAGCCCCUCUUGCAGGGCAAACGCCUUCCCCUGAGGACGACUCCAUCAUCAGGGAUCUGCUGCCCGAGAACGCGGGCAUCGAUCACCAAACGGUCCACCAGCUCAUCAUGGUGCUCAUGAAAUUCAUGGCUAAAGACCAGAGCAGUGCCGAGGCGGACAUCGGCAGCGCCAAGGCUUUCAACACAGUGAAGCGCCACCUGUACGUGCUGCUGGGCUACGACCAGCAGGAGGGCUGCUUCAUGAUCGCGCCGCAGAAGAUGCGCACCUCCACCUGCUUCAACGGGUUCAUAGCCGGCAUUGCACAGGUUAUGGACUAUAAUAUUAGUUUGGGGAAGCAGCUGCUCCCUCUGGUGGUCCAGGUGUUGAAGUACUGCACAUGUCCACAGCUGAGACACUACUUCCAGCAGCCCCCCCGGUGCUCCCUGUGGGCUCUGAGGCCUCAUAUUAGACAGAUGUGGCUCAAGGCUCUGCUAGUCAUUUUGUAUAAGUAUCCAUACCGAGACAUGGAUGGCAGUAAGGUGGUCCUCCAUCUGAUCCACAUCACCAUCAACACGCUGAACGCUCAGUAUCACAGCUGUCGUCCACACGCCGCAGCAGGACCCCUUUACAGCGAUAACUCCAACAUGAGCCGCUACAGUGAGAAAGAAAAAGAGGAGGACAGCGUUUUCGAUGAGUCCGAUGUCCAUGACACGCCAACUGGUGCUGGAAACAAGGAGUCUCAGACCUUCUUUGCCCGUCUAAAGAGAAUCGGAGGCAGCAAGUCGGUGAAGUAUCAACCAGUUGAGCUGAAUGCCAAGAGAAGCGAAAUUGAGCUGUCGGAGUAUCGUGAGGGGGGCACUCUACCUGACAGCAUCCUUCACUGUGUGAGAGAGGAGAGCACGAGGAAGAAGCGGCUGCAGGCCAUGCACAAGCAGAAAUCUCUGGACAUUUCCAACACCGACUCAAUUCUCUUCAGUCUGGAUGAACACCGGAGGAAAUCCUGUAUCGAUCGCUGCGACAUGCAAGUGCCGCCUGUGAUCCUGCCUUCCUCUGCGGCGUCCCGAAGGCAGCACGGGAAGGGAUCCUCUGAUGGCUCUUCGGCUCGAGUCGAGCCAGUGGACCGAAGAGGAUCUAAAGGAGGUCAGUCUGACACAUCCAAGCAUGUCAUCCCAGAAGUGCGCCUGAGCUGCAUGGAAACCUUUGAAGACAAAAUGGAUCAGGGUUCUUUAGAGGGAUCAGCGCAGGAGAAGGAGGACCAGGAUCUCAUUGAUCUUUCUUCCGACUGCACCUCCAUUCAGGAAAAACACUCCUUGCUCUCCAUGUCUGACAGUGACUCCUUAGUGUUUGAACCACUGCCUCCACUUAGGAUAGUGGAGAGCGAUGAAGAGUUUGACCUCAGCACCAUCAUAGGGACCAAGUUUAACGAGAGCCCCAAAGUCUCAGCUUCCCCUGCCAGUAGCAGCACUUUGCGGCUGUCCCCUGUGGUUCAGGUGAGUGUGGAGGACUGCUCCAGUGAAAGAAAGACACCAGAACUUGUUUCAAGAGAAAGCGGCUCACAACAACUACCUGUGGAGAAGAGACGGAAGCCGCUGAAGCAAAGCGCCUCCUUAGAUAUCCCCGAGCGCUAUGAGAGCAUCUGCCUUGAAAGCCCCAUGACUCUGAAGCAGAAGAGAGACCUCCUGAGGAAGACGCCAAAUGUUCCUGACACAUCGAUAGACGACACGUCUGAGGAUAAUCGGACUGGGAUCGGGCUCUGCACGAGUCCGUCUGGCAGGACCGUCUUCCUGGACAUCCCAGAGGACAAAGCGGAGCCGCUCUCCUCGCCAGAGAAAACCAAAAGCAACAGCAAUGAUGAAGAAGGGGAUGGAGAUGACGAGGAAGAUGACGACAUGGGCGAUGAAGCAGACAGCGACCCCAAACCUGAUAACGCAGACGACAACGACGAAGCUGAGUUCAAGAUCCAGAUUGUUCCCAGGCAGCGUAAGCAGAGGAAGAUAGCAGUCAGCGCCAUCCAGAGAGAAUAUCUGGACAUUUCCUUCAACACGUUCGACAAGCUGGGAGCCGAGCAGACCACAGAAGCGGAUCACAAAGUUUUGUCUACUUUGGAAAAGCCUCGAGAAUCUGCCUCAGCCCCAACUCUUGAAGCUGCUAUGCCUGAAACAAGCCACCGCUCUUCAGUAUCAACUCAGUACCGUCAAGUGAAGCGAGGCUCCCUGGGGGCUCUAACUAUGAGUCAGCUGAUGAAAAGACAGCUGGAGCAUCAGUCCAGCGCGCCGCACAACAUCUGCACUUGGGAGACGGUAGGUCCAACAAAAACCAGUCUUUUGUCGGCACCGAGCACGGUUAGCAUGUUCGUUCCGGCGCCUGAGGAGUUCAUCGACGAGCAGCCCACCUUGAUGUCUGACAGGUGUCGGGACUGUGCAGCUGUGCUGGAGGAAUAUGAUGAGGAGACCCUCAGCCUCGCUGUUAUAGUCCUCUCAAUGUUCAUCCACCUCAGCCCUGAUUUGGCUGCUCCGAUGCUGCUCGACAUCAUGCAGUCUGUGGGCAGAUUGGCAUCUAGUGGCAAUUUUUCUGGACAAGCUGAAAGUAUGCUGAUACCAGGCAAUGUGGCAGGUGUAGCCAAGCAAUUCCUGCGCUGUGUGUUUCACCAGCUGGCCCCCAAUGGCAUCCUGCCCCAGCUUUUUCAGAGCAACAUCAAAGAUGGGACGUUUCUGCGAACCUUAGCAUCUUCCUUGAUUGAUUUCAACGAGCUGAGCUCUAUUGCAGCCCUCAACAUGCUGCUAGAGGGCUUGAACAACAAAAAGAGUCUGCCAGCAGGGGGCACAAUGCUGCACUGCCUGGAAAACAUUGCCUCCUUCAUGGAAGCUCUCCCCAUGGAUUCUCCUAGCAACCUGUGGACUACCAUCUGCAACCAGUUCCAGACCUUCCUCACAAAGCUGCCCUCUGUGCUUCCCCUGAAGUGCCCGAUGGAUGCCAGUUUAAGGAUCAUCAUUUGUCUUCUAAAAAUCCCAACGACAAGCGCAACUCGGAGUCUCCUUGAAUCCUUCUCCAAGCUGCUGAGCUUUGUUAUCCAGUAUGGCACGUUCAGCCUCUCCUACCUUGUAGAGUUGUGUGGUCUGUGCUACAAAGCCUUCAAUAAGGAGAGAGAUAAGUUUUACAUGUCCCGCACUGUGGUGAUGGAGCUUCUGCAGGCUCUCAAGUUCAAGUCUCCUGUGCCUGACACAAACUUGUUACUGCUGGUCCAGUUUGUUUGUGCAGAUAUUGGCACACGACUGGCUGAAUCCACCAUCAUCCAGAAGCACAUGAUCUCCACGUUGCCAGGGUGUACAACCGCUGCAAUGGAAUGCAUGAGGCAAUACAUAAGUGAGCUGCUAGACUUCAUUGCAGACAUGCACACACUAACCAAGCUGAAAAGCCACAUGAAGGCCUGCUGUCAGCCGCUGCAUGAGGACACGUUUGGGGGCAACCUGAAAGUGGGUUUGGCCCAAGUGGCAGCCAUGGAGAUCAGCAAAGGCAAUCACCGUGAUAAUAAAGCUGUGGUUCGAUAUCUUCCCUGGCUUUAUCACCCACCAUCCACCAUGCAGCAAGGACCUAAAGAAUUCAUCGAGUGCGUGUCCCACAUCCGUCAGCUGUCAUGGCUUCUUUUGGGCUCUUUGACGCACUGCGCCCUGCACCAAGGCUCCACCUCCUGCAUGCCCAUCCCCCUGGAUGCUGGCUCCCACAUCGCAGAUCACCUUAAAGUCAUCCUUAUUGGUUUCCCAGAACAGUCAAAGACGUCAGUGCUGCACAUGUGCUCUCUGUUCCACGCCUUCAUGUUCGCACAGUUGUGGACUAUCUAUUGCGAACAGACAGCUGCUGCUCCGUCCCUGCAGAACCAGAACCAGACAGAGUUUUCCUCUGGCGCUAUUCUCACUGGCCUGGAGUUCUGGAGUCGGGUUACGCCCAGCAUCUUACAUCUUAUGGCUCACAAUAAAGUUAUGGUAGAGAUGGUCUGUCUUCAUGUCAUCAGUUUGAUGGAAGCCCUGCAAGAAUGCAACUCUACCAUUUUUGUCAAGUUAAUUCCUAUGUGGCUACCCAUGAUUCAAUCAAACCUGAAGCAUCUGUCUGCGGGGCUGCAGCUGCGGCUUCAGGCCAUCCAGAACAGAGUGAACCACCAGUGUCUCCAGGUCCAGAGUCCCGGAGCUCCUCCCAUUGCCCUGCGCAAAUGGCUCCAAUGCACCCAGUUCAAGAUGGCUCAGGUGGAGAUCCAGUCAUCGGAAGCAGCUUCUCAGUUUUACCCCAUGUGAGCUGACGGAUCCUCACAAGUUUACAAAUCGUAACCCUGAAACCUAGAAAAGGGCUCCAAGAAACUUUAUGGGAUUCAGAUUUAAGCACUUUGGUGCUUUUACGGAAAAUCUAUGCGUCUUUGUGGCACGCCCAUGUGCCCACCUGAUGGAGUGUUUCCACAUUAGUGGUAAUGAGGAAUGGAAACAAGUGCUUGAAUUUAUUCACUCUGUUAAUUCAUAUCUCACGACUUUUUAAGUUGCUUGGAUGCAAGAUGAAAAUAAAAAAAGUACAAAUCUUUGUAAACUGUG